GGAAACUUUACUAUUUACGAGUGUGGCUCCUCCUUCCCUUUCAAUCCCUUAAUUAAAUAGCUUCCCCUCUACAGGCUUUUGAAGCUGUAGCAGUUCCUCCUAACUCCUGCCAGAAACAGCUCUCCUCAACAUGAGAGCUGCACCCCUCCUCGUGGCCAGGGCAGCAAGCCUUAGCCUUGGCUUCUUGUUUCUGCUUUUUUCCUGGCUAGACCCAGGUGUACUAGCCAAGGAGUUGAAGUUUGUGACUUUGGUGUUUCGGCAUGGAGACCGAAGUCCCAUUGACACCUUUCCCACUGAUCCCAUAAAGGAAUCCUCAUGGCCACAAGGAUUUGGCCAACUCACCCAGCUGGGCAUGAAGCAGCAUUAUGAACUUGGAGAGUAUAUAAGAAAGAGAUACAGAACAUUCUUGAAUGAGUCCUAUAAACAUGAACAGGUUUAUGUUCGAAGCACAGACGUUGACCGUACUUUGAUGAGUGCUAUGACAAACCUGGCAGCACUGUUUCCCCCAGAGGGUGUCAGCAUCUGGAAUCCUAACCUACUCUGGCAGCCCAUCCCAGUGCACACAGUUCCUAUUUCUGAAGAUCAGUUGCUAUACCUGCCUUUCAGGAACUGCCCUCGUUUUCAAGAACUUGGGAGUGAGACUUUGACAUCAGAGGAAUUCCAGAAGAGGCUGCACCCUUAUAAGGAUUUUAUAGCUACCUUGGGAAAACUUUCAGGAUUCCAUGGCAAGGACCUUUUUGGAAUUUGGAGUAAAAUCUACGACCCUUUAUAUUGUGAGAGUGUUCACAAUUUCACUUUACCUUCCUGGGCCACUGAGGAAGCCAUGACCAAACUGAGAGAAUUGUCAGAAUUGUCCCUCCUGUCCCUCUAUGGAAUUCACAAGCAGAAAGAGAAAUCUAGGCUCCAAGGGGGUGUCCUGGUCAGUGAAAUCCUCAAUCACAUGAAGAGAGCAACUCAGAGGCCAAGCUACAAAAAACUUAUCAUGUAUUCUGCACAUGACACUACUGUGAGUGGACUACAGGUGGCGCUAGAUGUUUACAACGGACUCCUUCCUCCCUAUGCUGCUUGCCACUUGAUGGAAUUGUACUUUGAGAAGGGGGAGUACUUUGUGGAGAUGUACUAUCGAAAUGAGACGCAGCAUGAGCCGUAUCCGCUCACACUACCUGGCUGCAGCCCCAGCUGUCCUCUGGAGAGGUUUGCUGAGCUGGUUGGCCCUGUGAUCCCUCAAGACUGGUCCACGGAGUGUAUGACCACAAACAGUCAUCAAGUUCUAAAGGUCAUCUUUGCUGUUGCCUUUUGCCUGAUAUCUGCUGUCCUAAUGGUACUGCUGUUUAUCCACAUUCGCCGUGGAACCUGCUGGCAGAGAGACUCCUAUGGGAACAUCUGAACAGACAGCUGGAUAAGCCACACCAACCUCCUGUGACACAGCAUCUCUCAGUGGUGCCACAUCUAAAGGACAGGCUUUUGCCAUGUGGGCAUUGCCGUCCUCACACCCUGCCUUUCGAAUCUGCCUAGAGCAGGGUCUGAACUCACAGGGACCCACAGACAGCUGCUGGACUGACAGAUGAAUGAACACCAAGGUUACCUAGGUCUUCUCAUCAUGGAGUGAUAGUGCAGGCUGCUCGUUCAGCUAGAAAGAGGCUGUUAUGCAUAGGAUGGUUGUAUUCUCCGCCACAGUUGUCCGGAGAGAAAUAAGAAGCCAAACUCCAAUCAGCCUUUUACCUGCAAAGAGCGAAGGAUGAGAAGGUGGACAAA